GUGUGUACAUCGUUUAGAGUCGACGGACGGUGAAUGGUCAGCGUGGAAUGAAUGGUCGGCCUGUGUAGGCAAUUGUGGUUUGGGCUCGAGAACAAGGGUUCGUGCAUGUGUUUCACCUCCGCCAACUGUUGGAGGUGUGCCAUGCUUUGGUAAAUCGUCUGAAAGUGAAGAAUGUCAGGCAGAGAGCUCUUUUUGUAGCCGAUUCCUUCAUCACGCUGAUAUUCUUGACGUCGAUGUACUGCAAUCAAUACAAUAA